AUUCCGAUGCUGAAGUUUAGCUAUCAAGAUCACUUCGUUCUUCAAUUCAUCCACUCCCUGUUUCGAGGCUUUGGACAAGCGCUUCACCGCGAUUUCCUGUCCGUUUUCAAGAACACCCUUGUAAACAGGCAUAGUCCUAACGUCAAGCAACUCCCCAUAGUAGAACAAACACCCACUCGUCUCCUCCCGAAUAUCCAGCUGCUUGUACGCCGUGCACGAGCACUUCUUCAAGCACUCGGCCUCGCAAUCCGCUGGCAGCAUUUUCCUCUCAUCAAAUGUCGUGUUCCGCACGUCCGGCAGCUUCAUCCCCGAGUACUUCAAGAACACAUCUCCCGUACACGCCAACGCAGUCCUCGCCACGCACCCUACCGACAAAUUUCCUCCAUCCCUGCGAACAAACCUCUCCAUACUCCGGCACAUGGGAGAGUCUCCCGCGGUGCACACGCUGUACGCGCCACACGCGUUAUACGUGUCGCACGCGUCUGCCUCCAGGUUGUGCGUCGUCCACGUCUCGCUCUCCUCGCUCCAUAUCCACCGCUCCCUUACUCCGUCCAGGCUCAGCGUCAGAGGAGCGAUGACCGACUUCUCCACAUUGUCUUCGCCCUACCUGACCUCGUCCUUGUUCAUCCGCAACGUCGGAUUGUUCCUUGUCCCGGGCGAGCCGCUGAAACGGAGAUACAAGUGAUGUAG